AUGUAUAUCGUUGCAUCAUAUGAUCGAUGGCGAUACCAUUUCCUUCCGGUUAUAGUUAUCAUAACAAUGUUUUUUAUAACAUCCUGUGUCGCACAAUACGACACGAACUUGACAUAUCUUGAGGAUCCCGCAAACGAUUUAUAUCUUUUUGAUAGUUACACUAAAAUAGAUGGCACUAUCUUGCUUCAAUUUGCCCGUUACAAUAACCCGGAUCAAACAUGCAUCGACCCAGACGUACAUUUGAGAAUCGUAUUUACCGAUGGUACCGUCAAACCGUUAAAAGUCGCUCAUCAAAUUCCUUUAUACAACUUUUGCAAGAUACAAAGUGCGUUCAGGAAUUAUUUUAUAAAUGAUCAUGAGAUCCUUAUAACAUAUUUAAAUGGAGAGGAUGAAGCAACAACAAUACAUACAGGAAUGAUCAUCGACUUUGAUGGUAAUAUUAUGCAGUUUGUAGAAUUCGGUAUUGGUGUUGGUAAAAUCGUUCGUAGCAAGGAUGAGGAAAAUGGAUUUACUUGGUCUCGUCAAGUAAAUGAAACUACUAUCGCAUGGUCAAGAUUUGCACCAAUGUCAACCAACCCUAAUCAGAUUGUUAAAUUAGGUUCAGGUUAUAUAAUAUCACCUACCAGAUCAAUAAUUAAUUCAUACAAGAUGUUUAAAUCUGAUGGUGGUGGUGUUUAUUUUAUCCUUAGUAACAAACUCAAUCAAACGACCGCCGUAGACCCGAUCUGGAAUGUUUACGCCAUUUUUAUAGAUAAAAGUAACCUAGAAAUCAGCACUCCUUAUUUGCUUUAUCAAUCUCAAAUGGAUUUAUUUGAUAUAAAUUUUAUUGGUUGUUCAGAUUCAAAUGGUGAAGGACAUAAUUGUUUAAUGGGUGUUGAAAUGUUCUCUCCGAAACUAGUGAAAAAAAAUAAUAUAGUGUAUUUUCUAUUAACAUUUUUAACUAGUGGUUCUGUAAUUAACUUUAAAAAGUUAGAUAUAGGAGAGGAUCCUAACAAAGAAAUUUUAGAAAUUACCGUUUUGCUCAAUCGUGGAUUUUUAGUUACAUGUCUUUCGUAUAAAGAUAAAAAAAGAAUGGGUUUCUUUUUAACGGAAAAUGGGGAAUAUGAUGGCAAAUGGAAAGGAAUUAACAAUGACGUGAUGACGGUUAAUUAUUUUUCACAUAAUGAUACAGUGUGGGGAAUGCUGUUCCAAAAUAGCAGUGCCUCCUGGACGUUAAUAACAGAUCAGUUGCGCUUGGUUGAUAAUACGAAGGAAAUACUACGUCAAACAUAUUCCGGUUUAUCUAGCCAAAUUUCAAUUUCAAAUCAUACUAGCGUGAGCAUAGAAGUGUUGUCAAGUACUUUUAAUAAUCCAUCAGCAAAUUAUUUUAUCAGUAUAAGCAACGGUUUUGUUAAUUCAAAACUUUAUAAUGAAGCAUUACCGGGAAUUAGAAAGAGAGUUUGGUAUUUAAAUACAUCUAUUGAAGAACCUGGUUUAUGUCUAUCAUCAGUAAUAGUAUUAUUAAGACUUAAUGCCAAUGGAACAAAAUAUUUCAAAAAGCUCAAUUCAAAAGAAAUUUACGGAUUUUAUAAUGAACUAAUGGAUGAGUUAUCUGAAAUCAUUCCCGUUGAAAGAUCUAGAUUGUCAGACUCGGGAAAAUUUCAAAAUGACCCAUCUGAUUCUAAUAAUUUGGUUCUUAUGCAAGUGAGAAUAUCACAACCUAAUGAAACAUUAACACCUUGCGCUAAUGACAUAGCAAAAGAUCUGGCCGCUUUGAUCAACAAUAAAUAUUUAACCCUUAUAUCACAUUAUCCUUUAUCUAGCAUGCUGGAUGAAAAAUAUGGUGCUAUGAUGAUUCCCGAGGGAUGGAGUGAUGAAUUCAAAUUGAAUUUAUUAUAUGCUUUUGGCGGGGUUUUAUUAGUUAUCUGUUUAUACUUUAUAGCAAGAUAUAAAAACCCACAGGGACGAAAUGUUUUUGUUUUCACAAUUGCAUUAAUCGCUACAGAUUUUAUUCUGGAUUUAGUGUUUAUAGUAUAUAAUUCUAAGAUGGUUUCUUCAUUAUUUAUGCCAAGUAUUAUAUUUUUAGUUAUACCAACUGUAUUCAACCUAAUUUUCACUUUAUACAUUCUUUUAAAAGAACAAUAUACAAAUGAACAAUUUCGCGAUUGGUUGAUUUCUAAUACUAAAGUGGUAUCAGUAUUGACAAUAUUGGCUUCGGCUGAUUUAGCAAUGUUGAACAUCAUCACGUCAAAUUUAGCAGGGUUGUCUUGCUUUCAAGUGCCCUUAUCAAAAGACGCCGAAGUUCAAAUCUUUCGGGGGAGAUUUGUUAAUAUAUUUAUUGAGGAGAUACCGCAAUUCAUAAUUAGAGUCAUUUACAUAAAACAUAAUAGUAUUAUAUAUGAUCCAAUUCCAGUAUUUUCUUUGAUAUCUGUUGGUUUGUCAAUAUUAUAUAGUCUUGUCGGACGAGGUUUUGAUACGUAUAAGAUGCUUUGCACGGACAAGAUGGAAACUAGUCAAGUACGUACAGAUGGUGAAGAGAAGGAUUACAAUCACGAUUCAAAGGAUGUUUGA